AUGCGCGCGCUGCUCCUCCUGCUGGUCGUCGUCGCGCCUCCGGCCGGCGGAGCCUUCGAUGACCAAAGACGGUUGAGAACGUUCAUGAAAGGGGGCGAGGUCGCCGAGGGCGUCGAGGCGGCCUGGAUAAGCAACCUCACGGAGCUCUGCCCGCCGGCGUCGCGCGUCGACGCGCGCGGCGACGACCCGCGCGACCCGCGGCCGCGGCUCACCUGCGACUUCCGCGAGCGCAUGCCCGGCUGCCGCGAGGCCCAGGGCUGGCGCGCGAACCUGUCGGCCGCCGAGCUCCGCGACCCGGCGAUCCCGCUCGUCGCCGCGGAGAACGCGCACCUCGCGCCCAUGUCCAUGGCGCGCGAGGGCCUGCUGAGCCACGUCGUCGUCAACGGCACGCUGCUGAGCUACCUCAUGAUCCGCAAGUCCGGGAGCCGGCUCCUCGGCGACCUCAUGUCCGCGCUCGCCGCGCGCCAGAAAGAGCUCGGCCGGGACACGCACGACGUCGUGCGCGGCAUCCGGCGCGUCGUCGUCUUCACCUUCGUCGAGGAGCCCUUCUCGCGCCUCGUCUCGGGCUACCACGAGAUCGACGAGCGGAAGAACGCGCACUGCGGCCACGAGCGGGAGCGGGACUCGGGGCCGGGCUGGCACUGCCGCCAGCCCUACAAGCUCGAGAAGGAGGGCAGCCAGGCGCGCUUCGAGGCCUUCGUGCGCGACGUGCUCCCGCUCGCCUUCGACCCGGCGCGCCUCACCGACGCCGUUUCGUACCACGUCCACUCGCAGUCGCGCGCGGUGAGCGUGCGGCCCCACGUCGCCUUCGUCGGCCGCCUGGAGACGCUCCGCGCGUCGUUCCUCGCGCUGCUCGCCGUCGCGCUCGACGACCCGGAGGCGUACGUGCGCGACGCGCCCGCGCUGGGCAGCCUCCUUGUGCAGAAGCGCGCGCGGAGCGCCAAGGUGGCGAAGAAGGCCGGCCUCGUCCAAGGGGGCCGCGCGGACGCGGGCUGCCUCUCGAACGAGACGCGGCGGCUCGUCCUCGCGCGCCUCGGCCAGGACUACCGGUGCUUCGGCUACCCGUCGGCCUACGUCGAGGCGCCCGCGCCGCCGGACCCCGGCCACUGCGCGUCGCUCCGAUGGUAA